GAGUGAUGGACUCUCCCCAUUGGUAGAACGGCAGGCGUAGUGUCUGAGUGACAUUGAUAAGCGAGGCUACGCAUGCGCAUUAGGCCGGCAAACUUUGGCGCGCUUCCUGUGAACUGAGGCCUGUGCAGUCCAGUAACAUGCCGAAACGCUCUUAUCCGUUCGAUAGCCUGGCCCCGCCACAGAUGAAGACGCACGUAGGGCAGAAGGAGCUCGUCCAGGGCGUGUGUGGGGACAGCUUGAAGCGGGAGAUCUUUGAAAGGACCAAAAAACUCCUUUUCAGUGGAGCGAAGGCCAUUAUGGGAAAUCAAGGGAACCAAAAUAAGAACAGUAAUCCCGAUGGGGAGACCCCUGUGCACGAGUUACUGACCGGACAGACCACAAUAGGACAAGAUGGGAAGCUGCACAGAUCCUCGCGGACAUCACAGCCUGUGGAGGGAUCCAGAGCAUGCUCCUCCUGUGUGCGAUCAGUUGGUGAGAAAGAAGCAUGCAAACAGUGUGAGCGCUACAUCUGUAGAGACUGCAGCAAGUCAUGCAGCUGCUGCUCUGCAAUCAGUUGCUCCAAUUGUACAGUUCUUGUCGAUGGUGACCUUGGGGAGCAAACGUACUGCACAGCUUGUUCUGUAUAUGAAGUGUAACCACGGGAGUCCAUUCUGCAGCCUGUCUUGUCAAUGUUUUUUAUAUUUGUAAAAUUUUUAUAUUUGUAUGUAUUUUAUAUCUAAAUCUGAUGCAUGAAAUAAAGAUUAUAAUGAAUUGAUGACCACUA